AAAACGACCACUUCGUCCAUAGUUUCUGCCCCGAGGAGAUGGUGAGGAUGCCUACCCACUCGGUGUUCGUCCUCGAUGUGUCGCUCUCGAUGAAGGGGCAGCAGUUCGAGCACAUGAAGGGGGCCGUCGACGCCAUGCUCGGGGAACUGCGCUCGGAGGACACGUUCGAGCUGCUGGUGUUCUCGGCGGACGUGAAGAGCCUGGGCCUGUUCAACGGCACUCGCUCGCACAAGAAGAAGGUCAAGAGGAUGAUGAAGAGGCUCGAACCGAUGGGCAACUCCUACCUGAACCCGGCGUACCACGAGGCGCUCCGGAAGGCCACUGCUUACGACAGGAAGAACGUGGCCAGGAAGGUGGUGAUGGUGAGCGAUGGCUGGGGCACCCUUGGCCAGACGGAUCCGGAGGUGAUUCGCGCCACGCUGCGAGCUGCCAAUACCUUCAACAUACCCAUCUUUGGAGUGGUUUUCGGGCCCGACGCUGAUCUGAGACUGAUCGAGCAGGUGAGCGCGGACAGCGGCGCGUGGGCCCUGAGAGUGUACCCGCCCGCCGGAGUGAAGGAACAGGUCCGCAGGUUCUUCCAGGAGAUCUCGUCGCCCCUGCUGGUGGACGUGGCCAUGGCCUACCCGCAGGAACAACUCUAUGAAGAGCUCUUGGUUCGGCGGGAGAAUUCGAACUACUUCUACUCAGGCAGCGAGAUGGUCACCGCCGGCGUCUUGACCCCGAACACCCCCGAUUUCCAUCCUGUAGUGACGGGUCGAGGUCGUUUCGGGCUGGUACGACUCGAGGUGACCCGAAUCGACUCCCGGUACCAAAAUAUCCCGAUGGGGGGCGUUGGUAUCGUCUCCAGAAUUUGGGCUUACCUUAAAGUGCAGGACCUGUUGGCGAAGAUGGCCGCUUCGGAGGACCCAUCGGUCAUUGUGAGACUGCACUAUACCUUGCAAGACUUGGCCACCAGGAAUCAUUUCGUGACUGAGUACACGCCACUGAUGGUGAUGCUUCCCAACCUCGGCUAGACAACCUGGUC